AUGACCUUUGUUUUCGGCACAGUUUUUCAUAAAUCACCUCGUCGAAUGGAAGAGUCGUCUUCUGUUUUGCAGCGGCUUAAUACAUCUACUGCUGGAAGCCGCCGCCGAGAACCGGUCGAUCGAACCGAACCGGUCCGGUCUGGUCUGGCGCGCGCACAAACGAGACGGCGGGGUAGCUGCAGCGAGGACGACGAGGUCACCGGCGCCGUUGUCGACGGCGACGGACAGCAUCACCACCGCCGGCGACACAAUCAUCACCGCGACGACGGCAUGGCCGAUUCGGACACGAACGGUGGUGGUAUCGCCGGGGGAGGAGGAGGCGGUGGCGGGGGUGGCGGCGUGGCCGAACAACCCGCCGAGCCAGGUGGCUGGAGGCAGUCGUACUACGAACACCCGCUGACCGCCGCCACGUCAGCGAUGCUCAACAUUUCGGGCGGCGCUUCCGGAGACGAACAGGGCCAGCAGUCGGGACAGGGCCAGGGAGGUGCACCACUCAGUUUCGUCUACGAGUAUUACAAGCUGCCGCACCUGUCUGACUCCGUCAAGGACAAACAUCUUGCCGACAUAUGGCCAACGACAUCUUCGCCGAAUGGUUCGCUGUUACCAUCGCAGUUGAAACCGUCCAACGGACUUAUCGGUACGGGUCCAGGAGGACUAGAAAUUGGCACCGGACACUUGGGCGAUUUGCAGGGACUUUUCUUGCACCAGCAACCGCUUAAGCGGGAGCCCGAGGACCUGAGCCAUCACCGCGGUGGCGGACCACCAAACAAGGGCAACAACAAUGCGGACGGUCUGAAAACGAUCGGAGGACGUCCAAAAGUGGUGUUGGUCGCGCCCGGUAACAACGGUAAUCAGCAGGACCAACAGCAACAGCAACUGGUCGUGGACGUCGUAAACAACAAUAACAAUCAACAAGCGAACAAUAACAACACUGUGGGCGGCGUGAAAGAAGAGUACGGCGGUGGACACCAUUCACCGCAGCACAACAGUCGGUCGAUAAACGGCACGCCGUCGUCCACGUCAUCCCUCAUCACUGAGAUGAACCCGCCGCCGCCGGCCAUAGAGUUAAUAGCCACGCCGGAUGGCCUGAAGCCCAUGUACGGCACGCACAUAUUCACCACCAUGACCGGACAGCACGCCGACAGUGGUACUCCGUCCCCCAACUCGUACGAGCACCAGCAGUACACCACGUCGUCUGUGCUGUCUGGCGGCGGUGGUGCCGGCAACCCAGGUGGCUACAUCACCACGUCUGGUGGCCGGACCCCGUUCGCUGACCCAUACACUUACCGCGAGUACUUUGGUGGCGCCGGCGGAGGCCCUGAACCGGGCCCGUACGGCUCGCAGAUCGGCGCUGGUGGCGGUGGCCGGCAGACCGCGUCCUCCUACGGCGGCGAUGCCUCCGACCCUGGUGCAGUGUCCAACGCCGCUGCCACCGCGUCGUUUGUUGAACGGUACGUCCGACAAAGCUCGUACCACAACAAAGGCGUCAUCGCAGCAGCCGGGCUCACCGUCGACCUGCCGUCGCCCGACAGCGGCAUCGGCGCAGACGCCAUCACACCACGUGACCAAAACGCCAUACAACAGUCUUUCGAUUACACCGAGAUGUGCCAAACACCUAGCAUGUUGGGCGAACACCAAGCACAGCGGACGCCCACCGGAGGACGGUCGAGACCGUGGCACGACUUUGGCAGGCAAAACGAUGCGGACAAGAUACAAAUACCAAAAGUAUUCUCCAACUAUGGGUUCCGCUAUUAUUUGGAAUCCCCGAUCUCUACCAACCAGAGGCGUGAAGACGACCGGGUGACGUACAUUAACAAAGGCCAGUUUUAUGGCAUUACCAUGGAGUACAUACCAGACCCGGAUAAACCGUUGACCAGUCAAACAGUCAAGAGCGUGGUCAUGCUGAUGUUUAGAGAGGAGAAAAGUCCAGAUGACGAAAUCAAAGCGUGGCAAUUUUGGCACGGCAGACAGCACAGCGUCAAACAACGAAUACUCGACGCCGACACGAAAAACAGUGCCGGUCUGGUGGGAUGCAUCGAAGAAGUAUCACACAACGCCAUCGCCAUUUAUUGGAACCCUCUGGAGAGUCCGGCAAAGAUCAACGUCGCCGUGCAAUGUCUGAGUACGGAUUUCAGCAGCCAAAAAGGCGUAAAGGGUUUGCCGCUGCACCUGCAAAUCGACACCUACGAAGAACCGAGAGACGGACCUGUGUACCACAGGGGAUAUUGUCAAAUCAAAGUUUUCUGUGAUAAGGGAGCCGAAAGGAAGACCAGAGACGAAGAGCGGAGGGCGGCCAAACGGAAAAUGACUGCCACGGGUCGCAAGAAGAUCGACGAACUCUAUCAUCCACCGUGCGAGCGAUCCGAAUUCUAUUCAAUGAGUGACCUCAACAAACCGCCAGUGCUGUUCUCACCCGCCGAGGACAUCGACAAGCUGACGUCGAUGGAACUCCAGGGAUUCUACGGACACGACACAGACACGUCCAGUCUGUCCAACGGUGAACCCGGUUCAAUGAAGCAUUCGUCGCCUUUCCUGUUGCACUCUGGCGUGGCCAACAAGCCAGCUGGUACGACGACCACGCAGACGCUCAAGUUCCACAAUCACUUCCCACCGGAUACGCACAACGAGAAGAAAGAAGUGCUGGACCAGAGUGGACUGACCACGGACGGUACGGUGUUCUCGAGUCCGCCCAACAAGCGAACAAAGCUACAGGUGCCGCCCAUCAACGAGCGAGUGAUGUUGUACGUGCGGCAGGACGCUGAGGACGUGUACACGCCCCUGCACGUCAUACCGCCGACGACCCAGGGACUAUUGAAUGCUAUUGAGGCUAAGUACAAAAUUUCUGCUUCCAGCAUUAGUAACAUGUAUCGAAAAAACAAAAAAGGGAUUACGGCCAAAAUUGAUAAUGAUAUGCUCAAAUAUUAUUGUAAUGAAGAUUCAUUUCUAUUGGAAGUCAGACAUGCCGAAGAAAAUGAGAACAUGCUUGAUAUUAUACUGAUUGAAUUUAUGGACCGAGAUUUGUCUAAUACGGAUCCCCAAAAUUUUAUUUACGUAGAGUUAAACGCAAUAUUACAAGCUAACGCAGUGGUUCUUGCUCAAUUAUUUAAAUUACUGGGUAAUCAAGCUAAAUUCAAAUAUUAUAAUGACAUCGGUCACCGUUUUCAGAUUGGAAUUAACGCGUUGCUGUGGAACGAAGAAGAAGGUAUUUGGUUAGAUUAUGACUUAACCACUAAACUAAGUCGUAAGUACUUCUAUACGUCCAAUUUUGCACCAUUGUGGACUGGUAGUUACGAGAGAAAACUUAGAACGUAUUAUGGUAAACGGGUAUUGGACUAUUUAAUAGUUAACGGUGUUAUCAAUCAAGAUGGAACUCCAAAAUUAAUUUGUGUACCAACAUCCAAUGUGAACUCUUCCCAACAAUGGGACUAUCCAAAUUGCUGGCCGCCACUCCAAGCCAUGGUAAUCCAAGGUUUAGACCGCACAAACUACAAACCUGCCCAGACUGUUGCUAUAAACUUGGCCAAGUCAUGGAUAAACACUAAUUACGUCGGAUACAUAACUAGCGGCACUAUGUUUGAAAAGUACAGCGCACUCGAAGUGGGCACGACCGGUGGGGGUGGCGAGUAUACGCCUCAGACAGGAUUUGGAUGGACGAACGGUAUCGUUUUCGAACUGUUCAGGAGAUGGGGACACCUAUUUCGAUCUACUUAA